CUUUCCGUUGGCCUAAUCUGAGUAAUACAGUGGAUGGUCUGCCUGGCCAUCUCCUCUGCAUCACAGCCGAGACACGCGGAGAAUACCCAAUUACAUAGAAAAUUUUAGUUCCCAUCUCAACAAAAUUGCGCAGAAAGCAAAAGGAAGGUAAAGAAAAAGGAAAUAUUUUGAUCCUUUAUCUCACUGUUGGCCAAGGAAAUUUAGAAUAAACGGCUAUGGUUCUGGAUAACAUUUUAUCAUCUCCUCAUCGGAAGUCACCUUCUUUCCGGAAACAAUUCCCACGUGAUGAGUUGGGUAGUUGGUCAACACUCGUUCAGAGGCACCGUUUCCUCUUAACAGCUUUGGUUCUUUUGGCUUUCCUAUGCACCAUCUAUCUUUACUUUGCUAUUACUUUAGGCGCAACUGCCACCGGAUCAUGUUCUGGAUUGACAGGAAAACAGCAAGCAUUAUGUCGCAUAAAAGAGGCAAAGGCUUCAGUCAAGGGGAAAAUGAAAUUUUUCUAGCACAUAGACAACAAACUAUUCUCAUAUUGAGGGAAUGCUUGUGCUUGUUAUUGGUUACUGUAUACAUGACACAUACCAGAAUUUGUCUUGGAAAAAGUUUGAUAACAUUGAAUCAUUAUCAUUAAUGUGAAGAUCAUUUUGUAGUUCCCCACUA